AUGGCGGGGUCGCUGGCGGCCGCCCCCCUGCCCAUAAACCGCCUGGCGGAGCCCCUGCUGAGGAAACUCAGCGACUCGCUCGACCGGGCAGCUCCGGGCAAAGGCUGGAGGGACUUGGCGCAGCUAGCCGGGAGCCAAGGAGGGGUCAGGCUGAGUUCUUUGGAAUUGGAGCAAUGUUCUCUCCAAGUUCUGGAGCCUGAAGGAAGUCCCAGCAGGAGUCUUCUUCAACUAAUGGGUGAAAGAGGCUGUACUGUGCAGGAACUGACAGAAUUGCUACAGACUCUAGAACAUAGCGAGGCAUUUCAGUGUCUCAGUCCUCCAAGUAUAAAAAUAGUUGUAGAACCAGAAUCUCAGGCAGUAUUAUCUGGCCAGAUGGUGAAGCUGAGCUGCUGGGCAGCUGGUUAUCCACUUCUACAUUAUCAGUGGUUUAAAGGGGGCAAAAUGGUUCCACAUGGGAAUUCCCCAGAACUUGUCCUCAACCAAGUGAAUGCGGAUGAUGCUGGGUUUUACAUAUGUCGAGUGAACAGUGACUCUUCCUAUGAGUUCAGCCGAUGGGCACAACUGGAUGUUUGUGAUAUCCAAGGAGCUUGUCAUGGAAGCUGUCUUGAAGUGCCUGAAAAGAAAAUACAUAUUUGCAUCCAUCCACAGUCCCAAAACUUGAUAGUAGGAGAAAUCUUGGUUCUGCAGUGUGGAGCUAUAGGAAUCCCCAUGCCCCAGUACCAGUGGUACAGAAAUGGUUCUCCACUAACGAAUGGAGAUAAAAAGGUCUACAUGGUAUCCUGUGUGGACACUGAACAUCAAGGCACGUAUUGGUGCCGUGUUUACAAUGAUCAAGACAAUCAAGAAAGCAAGAAGGUAAAAGUCAUUAUAGGUGGAAAAUCUAUUGCAGUAGAGUGCACUGAAGAGGACUUAAGUGGCCUCGGAAGGCCUGAACUUAAAGAACAGUCAACUGAAAGGCAAUUUGCGGUAGACAAAGUAGCUCUGCUGAUGGGCAACAUGAGCUAUUGUCAUCACCCCAAGCUCAAGGCUCCAUUGGUGGAUGUUUACGAUCUGACCAACUUGCUGAGGCAGUUGGACUUCAAAGUGGUUUCCUUGCUAGAUCUUACUGAACCUGAGAUGCGGAACGCAGUAGAUGAAUUCUUAUUGCUCCUGGAUAAAGGAGUGUACGGCUUAUUAUAUUAUGCUGGUCAUGGCUAUGAAAACUAUGGUAACAGUUUUAUGGUUCCUAUCGAUGCCCCAAAUCCUUACCGAGCUACAAACUGUCUGUGUGUACAAAACAUUCUCAAACUGAUGCAAGAAAAGGAUACUGGCCUCAAUGUAUUUUUACUGGAUAUGUGCAGGAAAAGGAAUGAAUACGAUAACACCGUUCUCAUCUUGGAUGCCCUGAAGGUUACAGCUAACAUUGUUUUUGGAUAUGCCACGUGUCAAGGAGCAGAAGCUUUUGAAAUUCAACAGUCUGGAUUAGCCAAUGGGAUUUUCAUGAAAUUUUUGAAGGAACGCUUAUUAGAGGACAAGAAGAUUACUGUGCUCCUUGAUGGUGUAGCUGAAGAUAUGGGCAAGUGUCACCUUACCAAAGGCAAGCAGGCUUUGGAGAUUCGCAGCAGUUUAUCUGAGAAGAGAGCAUUAACUGAUCCCAUUCAGCAAACAGUAACCUCAGUAGAGUCAUUGGCCCGGAAUCUACAGUGGGCAAAAGCUCAUGAACUUCCUGAAAGUAUGUGCCUUCAGUUUAAAUGUGGCGUUCAAAUUCAACUUGGGUUUGCAGCAGAAUUCUCCAAUGUCAUGAUCGUCUACACAAGGAUAGUAAAGAAACCAGAGGAAAUAGCCGUUUGCAAAGCUUACGUCACAGAUUUUCCCCUUGACUUGGACGUGGACCCUAAAGAGGCAAAUAAGGGGACUCCAGAGGAAACUGGCAGCUAUUUGCUUUCAAAGGACUUGCCCAAACAUUGUCUCUACACUAGAAUAAGUUCACUGCAGAAGCUAAAGGAAGACUUAACCUUCAUGGUUUGCCUGCACUAUGAAUACGAGGGAGUAGAUGAUGUCGUGGAUGAAAGGAAAGUGGUUAACAUUGGCAAACCACUCAUUGCUAAAUUACGCAUUCAUCAAGGAUACAGGAAGAGCCGCUGUUUCCAGAGCUGUUGUGGCCCUACUGGGCCUUGUUUUACCCAGUCACCUGGGGCAGGAGCUGCUGGGUAUUGCCCCUGCCAUCACAGUCAUCAGCCACAUUCCUAUGCAGGCAUCCCCCAGCCAAGCCCUGCUUCCUCAGCGAGUGUUUUGCAGCCUGCAAAGUGCCAUUGCAGUAUGAUUCCAAAUAGUUUAAUUGCAUGGCAGUCAAAAUGGCCAUAUCCAUCCGAUUCGAACCGGAGCAAUAUACCUGUGGAGACAACAGAUGAACUGGAAUCCGAUUUCUCAGGAAGCUUAAGACUCUCUCAACAGUAGCCAACAUCUUUACAGGGCAGUUUGGCAGUAACAUUUCUCAGGCAGUGAGUUGUAACACUGUUUGCGUGUCUUAGAUUUUGAGACAAGGGCAUUCCCAUCUCUAGAUAACGUUGGGUGGGAUCCAGGCUAAGUUAGUUACACUUCGGUCCCAUUGAAAUCAAUGGGAGCUGGAUGACUAAGUUAGUCUGGAUCUAACCCAAUGGGAAUACAGGUUCACAUGUGCUUUAAAAAAGAACAAACAAGUUUUAGACAACAGGAAAGACUUGCUGCUCCAGUCCAAGGUAUUUUCCCUGGCUAGUGAUGAGGAAGCUGCAGGUGAUAUGGGAAUACAGUAGGAAGGAAGAGUUUGGUUAAGGCAGACUUUUGCCGGAGUGCAAGUCUAAGUAUCGGUCAUGGAAGAGCUGGGCUGCUCAACACCAGGCCUCGUGGGGCCAAAGCCCUGGGGUUCCAGUCUGCCCCCUCCCCAGUCCCCCAGAUGCCCACACCCCUUUGCUCAGACCACUGAUUAUUUGGGACUUUCCCAGCUUCACCGAUAUAAAUCUCAAUGAAUCUUGACCUCUACCGAGAAUUUUGUAGAAUUAUUAAGCUUUUAGAUUUUGAAAUUUUAGGAAGCAGGCAGGAAAUGACAGAAUUUUGACAACAGCAAAUUUGAAGGCCGGGUGUGAGUGGCUUUGGUACAUGUAUGUUAUAGUCAUUUCUAUAAUUUACUGCUAAAUGACAGGCCCAUGGCACUGUCGUAAAUGUUGAAAACAAGCCUUUUGACACAAUCAUCUCUUACAUUUACCAGCUCUUUAUACUUGAGCACCGUUGGGUAGGAAGGCAGGAUACAAACAAUAAAUAAGAUACAUGUCUUA